AUGCUUGAGCACCUCUCGCCCAAGUUCAAGAUGCCGCCCGUGGAGCGUGAGCCCCGAGCGGCACUCAUCCUGAACCGGUUCACCAGAAAUUUGUCAAUCAUGUUCGCCACCAACGCCGUAGCCUCUGUCCUCGGGCUGCCCCCCGAUCAGGUCAAGGACAAGAGCUUCUACCGAUGCAUCCAGGAGAGGUGCCUGCCGGAUGCAAUAAAGUGCCUUGAAGGAGCAAAGGCCAACGACUCCAUCGCCUACCUGCGUUUCUGGUCUCGUGACCCCAGAGAAGCAGAUGAUUUCGAAGACGACAACGAUGGAGUUGACGGAGAAGAUCAUCCAAUGGCUGACGAGGACCGACACAGCAGCACCAGUGACUCCGAGGGCGGCGGUGCUGAGUUGGACAGCCGCAUGGCCCUGGACGAGGACGACACAACUGUCCGCGGAGGCAUAAAACAAGAGGAAGAAGAUGAACCCAUGGACUCUGUGCCUUCGGCAAGCAGUAGUUCAGCUCAUGAGUCGGCUGGAAACGCCGCCUCGAGUUCACGACCUGGCAAUUCUAACCGAGCCCCACGAAGCCAACGAUCUUCAGCGGGCAACGCAGUCCAAGGUCGGCGGUCAUGGCGAAGACAGCCGAGGCGACCUGACCAUCGUCAGCCAUUGCCGGCGGUCGAGCUUGAGGCUGUCGUCUCCUGCACCUCCGACGGUCUCGUCGUGGUGCUGAGGAGGGCCAGACCAGCGAUCCCACCCGCCCAUCCUCCACUUGCCCUGCCGUGGGACUUCGAAAAUGGACUCUUCGCUGCGCCGUGGGCGCCUCAGCCAGUGCGCCCAUACAUACCACCUGAAAUGAUCUACACCUUCCGGCCACCACUGAUGCCACAGUACAUGCCCCUCCAGGACCACGUCAGGGAGGCCGGCGGACCGCCCAACGAUCAGUUGAUGCACUCCAUCCGUGAAGUCGGUGUCUUCGCCUGGGGUCUAUGUGGUAUCAACGGCAACCUCCACGCGUUCUCUCACGGCAUGCCCAGGGACGAGGCGGUGCCUCCUGACGGGCUACCGGUUUGGGACCCAGCCGCCACAAAUAGUCCGUACCAGCCACCAGAGAACCAGGCGGCCGCGAAGUGGGCGGCCAUGGUGGCCCAAACGAGCCCGUUUGGAUCGUCCGUCAGCUCGGGGACGCGCCAGCAGCAGAUGCGCAGCCCGAUGCAUCACAGCUUCACAUCAGCGUCAGGGGGGAGCGAACCGCAGUCGGGGUCCUCCGACCCGCACGCGCCUUCUUCUGGGCCAUCAGCUGGCCACACUACGCAGGCUUCCAGCCAGGGCCAGUCGCCACCGUGA